AUGCCAAAAACUCAGUUGCCGUUUAUGUUUACGAAAUGCGGGACGUGCGGCAGGGCGUAUGACAGCGAUAUCACCGCAUUUUUGAGCAGUACAGGCACAUUGGGAUGUAGCAUCUGUUUGGAGUCAAGCUCUGCAACUUCACUCAAAUUCUUGAGCGAUGAAAUCCGCAACCAACCGGGAGUUGUCGUAGGGGAGAGAGGUUAUGAGACGAUCGCCAAACAACUUAUACCUCUGGGCUGCCACUUCUGCGAGACGGCCCCUGAAUUUCACUACGUUUUACGUUGUGGACAUCGCAUGUGCAAGAAGUGCACGGCUAAGAAUGAAGUCUUGGAAUGUCAGUUUUGCAACACCCGAGGCCUUGCUGAACCAGGAAGCUAUAUCCUCGCUUUUUACUGCCAUUAUUUCCAUACUGCAAGCCAGCUAGGGGAAGGGAAUUGGAAAAUUGUUGCUGUAAGUAAACAUUUGCCACGCAUUUCGAGUCAGUUUGAAACGCUUAAAAGUCUUUAUUUUGCCAACGCCGAAGGCAAAAGUCCAGCAGCUCGUCAACAAAGUGACCCGGAAAGCGCCGGACCGCAGGAGGACCCACCAACUCCUGCUAAACCGGAAAGCAUCAAGGUAGCAGCUACAGAAGCGGCUACAACUGUCAGCGGAUCCAGCAGUGCUGUUUGGAAGGGCGUUGCUUGGAUUAAAAAGAGCUUUGGGCUUGAUGGAACCGCGGCUCAAGUUGCGGAAAUUCAAGUGCCGGUUCAAAGUCCGACAAUCCCAGAAAAAGCUGAGGUUCCAUCGGGAAUUGCAACUGCCGAAAUGGAGGUGGCGUGUGAUGCCAAAAAAUACUUCCCAGAGACUAGCGAGCUUGAACAAGAACAGAAUCUGGAUGCCGGAAAGUCACUAAGUGAAUCGGCUGAUCCAGAAAAUCCUGAAGCGCUUCGCGCCGUUCAAUUAACUGCGAACGACAAAAAAGACACUCAAGUCUUGGCUGAGGAUCAGCAGCCGGCCAAGUUUGCUCCAAAUCCAAGUCCAAAGACCGGCAAAGGUAUUCUUGAGGACUCCAAAGAUUCAGGAGCUAAAAAGGACGAUCUCAAAGCCACGGCAGUUGAGCAAGAACCAUCGAAGCUCGAGUUGUCUGCAUCAGAAAAAGGUUCGCCGAUUGCAGUUAUCGUGCCUUCUACCCCUCUAUCACCGAACAUUUCGCGAAAUGAAAGGCGACAACGUCAAAAGCUUGCCGAAGAUCUGGCUGAUAAAAAGCAUGUUUUUCCAGAAACUGAGAAAGAUCCUACUGCAACCGCUCCAAAGCCAUCUUCACGCGUAAAAAAUUCGCCACCAGAAACCCAGUCCAGAGCCACAAAUUCGGCAAAGAUUUCGGGUGAAGCUCCGGAAGAGACAAUGUUGAAAACAUAUGAGGAAGCUAAAGUCAAAACGGAGUCGGCCCCAGAAUCCCCGAACAGUGAGCGAUUGACAAGCACUUCCGAAGGUAAAUCCGAAGCCAAAACCCCUGUUUCAGAUAGGCACGAGAAAACGGAUGAGGUGGAGCAAAACGCCACAGAUGUGCAAACCAUGGACCCUUCACAGCCAAGCGCAGCUCACGAAGCUGAAGGCGAUAAGGUGGUGCGGAAUGAAUCCGACACCGGCGCAGAUUCUGAGGCUACCGAUUCCGGCGAUUCUUCACAAUCCUCGGCAAGCUCUGAGGUUUCAGAAUCUCAGGAAGUCACCGAAACGCUACCAGAAGCCUCGGAAAAUCCCGUCUUGAAGGUCGUCAAUCAACCGCCCUUGGAGCAGGCACAAGAUUCCGCAAACAUUCUGAUCACGAAGCAGCAGAUUGCUUGUGAAGUUGAAGAAGCGGAUGAGGCAUCAAUGGAAGCCUUGCCGCAAAUUUCGAAAUUUCGCGGAGGGGCGGUGACAACUACCGAUACGAAAACUAAAGAAGAAGCAAAAAUGAAAUGCGAAAAAUGUCAUCGAGAAGGUGAAGCGGAACUGUUCUUCCUUUGCAAGGAUUGCGAAAUAAUUGUCUGUGCACUUUGCGGUAUGCUAGCCCACAAAAUGCAUGUUACCCGGCAGCUCGCCAUCGCAGACCUGGACGGCCUGGACGAAACAUGGGCUAACGAACUGAAACAGUUCGAUGAAAGUCUGCGCAAAGCCAUCGCUGUAAAACAAGAGGACACGAAGAAGGCCAUGAGAUUGAUCAUGAGCUCAAAAGAAGAUGCAUUGGACUGUGUCGCCAGACAACACACUUCAGAUAAAUUUAUGGAAGUUUUUGCCCGAGUCGAAGAGGCCUCAAUACUAUUUGAAACUUGUUGCAACGAUCAUCUGGCGGUUGAGGAAAACUUCCGCGCUCAACUGUUGACGAUCAAGGCCCAACUUGAUGAAAUUUCCCGUGAAUUUACGGCUGAA